AUGCCCUUGAGGCCCUGUGUCAGUGUUUGGACCUGUGGCGCUCGUGCUUUCCCAUGCCGACAAACUCCUUAUCACAUCUUUUGCGAAUGUUCUCCGUUGUAUGACCGCAGCUCGCGACCGGAGCACCUCCAAGAGGCAAAGCAGCUCGCAGAGGAGAUGAGGCAACGCGAGGUAAGGUUGAACUGCGCGGUGUUGAGCACGACGGAAACACGUCUGAACGAGACGAGCUCCUUCUCACACGCACAUGGACUGCCCUGA